AUGGUCAUAAAGAAGUUCGCCAUCACCACCAACCAAGACUUGUACUCGCUUCACGAGGUUGACGCAGAAGGCGUGGACAAGGCUAUAGCUGACACAGACUGUCUGGUAGACGUUAUGAUACAAUGGGGAGUGCAGCUGUACCCCCACCGCAGUUUGAAGCUUGAUUUUAAUACCAAGAAGUGUGGCAAAGGUCAGAGACAGAGUGGGGUGACUUGUAGAGAGGCUGCCGCGGCCAUUGAUGAG